AAGGGGGUAUGGAGGGAGGGAGAGGUGGGCUGUCCCCGUCGGCGCCAUGUGAUGCCCUCUCCUCCCCGGGCUCUCCCGGCCCUUCCCGGCGCGGAGCAUCCCCGAGGCCGCCGGAGCAGCGCCCGUGGGGCCGCUUUUAGGGCUGGGUUCUCCAGGCACGAAGCAGCGGGAGGCUCCUUGGGGGUGUCCAGAGAGUGGGUCUGACCUGCAGCACCGCUGUUCCCCCUGUGUCCCUCGCACCCCCCGAACCCCCGCGGGGGAGAGGGCGACGAAGAGGAGGCCUCGCCGGAGCUGCCACAGGGUAGGAGCUGCCGGCGUGUGGAUGUGGAGCCGUGCCAGACAUCUGCUUGUCCCUGUGUCCCGGCCUCGUGAACCCCUCAUGUGAGUUGGUCAGAGGCAGAGAGCCGAGGCUGUGCCCUCUCCUACGGUCCAGGAUCUCUCCUCUGCCCGCUGCCAAAGCCACCCUGCUCCCAGCUCCUCCCAGAGCCAUCCAGCAGCCGAAGCAUCCCUCAAGGACCCUCCUCGUUGUGACACUCACCUCAUAGUCAGUCUGCCAGAACCUACGCUUCCCACCUUCACAGCCAACAUCGCAGGUUUUCUGCUUGCCAAAGUGUUGCUUCAGCCGGGGUUAAAAGAGCCGUCCCCCCCCCCCCCCCGCCGCCCCGGCCCCCCGUGCCGUCGGGAAUGAGCGCCUGCGGCAGGAAGGCGCUGACCCUGCUCAGCAGCGUGUUCGCCGUCUGCGGCCUCGGCCUCCUGGGCAUCUCCGUCAGCACCGACUACUGGCUCUACCUGGAGGAGGGCAUCGUCCAGCCCCAAAACCAGACGGCGGAAAUCAAACUGUCGCUGCACUCCGGGCUCUGGAGGGUCUGCUUCCUGGCAGGUGAAGAGCGUGGCCGAUGCUUCACUAUCGAAUACGUCAUGCCCAUGAAUAUUCAGCUGACGUCUGAAUCCACAGUCAACGUCCUGAAGAUGAUCCGCUCUGCCACUCCCUUCCCCCUGGUCAGCCUCUUCUUCAUGUUCAUUGGCUUCAUCCUGAGCAACAUUGGCCACAUUCGGCCUCACAGGACCAUCCUCGCCUUUGUCUCAGGGAUAUUCUUCAUCCUGUCGGGUCUGUCGCUCGUGGUGGGGCUAGUCCUCUACAUAUCCAGCAUUAACGACGAGAUGUUGAACAGGACCAAGGAUUCGGAAACAUUCUUCAAUUACAAAUAUGGAUGGUCAUUUGCCUUCUCUGCCAUCUCGUUCCUUCUCACAGAGAGCGCCGGGGUGAUGUCCGUUUACCUGUUCAUGAAGCGAUACACGGCCGAGGACAUCUACCGACCUCACCCCGGGUUCUACCGUCCCCGUCUGAGCAACUGCUCCGACUACUCGGGGCAGUUCUUGCACCCGGACGCGUGGGCGCGGGGACGCAGCCCUUCGGAUAUCUCCAGCGAGGCGUCCCUGCAGAUGAACAGUAACUACCCGGCUCUGCUCAAGUGCCCCGACUACGACCAGAUGUCCUCGUCCCCGUGCUGAGCCCCGCCACCCCUCCGCCCGCUCCCAGCCACGUGCCGGCGGUCGCCGCAUCCUGACUCCGUUUGUCAUUUACUUUUUAGGCCACUCUUUCAGGGCAAUUCUCUAUUUAUAGGAGCGUAAAUAUAACCAGAUAGAUUGGUUAUAUAACCAAUAAUGUAACCUAGAGAAUUGGGAUAUCUUCCUUUCUUUUUUUUUUUUUUUUUUCUUUUUUUCUCUUUUCUUUUUUUAUUCUUCCCUGUGUAACUAAAAAUCUCUCCGAAGUCAUCUUCUUUCAGCUCAUCCUGCUGAGCAAACAGCAGUUCUGCCUGGGGGACAAAUCCAGGGCUGGACUCAAGAGCAGAAAAAAGAAAACAGAGUAGAAUUAAGGAAAAAAAAAUGUGUAUUUUUUUGAUUUAGGUAGGCUGCAAAAGUUUGUGCAUUUGACUGUAUCAUAUAAUUAUAGAUUUACUGGCCUAACCACCAGCAGGCAUCAAAAAAUGUGUAAAUUUCCAAGAAAUAGUCAUCAUUAGAAAAAUAUAAAUUUUGUCUUGAUUCAGUAUUUACUGAUUGAUAUCUCUCAUUGCUGGAUAUCACUUUUAAGCAGGCUGUAAAGGGAAAUAGCCAUCUUUUUCUCAACUGUACCUCAGCAGGCUUAGAUGCAAGCAGGUUGUUGUUUCUCUAUGGCCACUUGCAAACUGUUGCUUAACUAUCCCAUGUUAGACUGGAGGCACUACGGCCCUGGGGGGUCCCGGCUGUUGGGCUGGCUCAGGCACACACAUUUCCUCCACCAUCCCAUAGACUGGAGGUCUGAAGAGCAACUGGGAGAAUUUCAGUGCAGCACUGAGUGGAAAACUACCCAAAAGCUUCCCGUAGGAAACAUUAGGCGCAGGAUUUAGGGGAAAUUAUGGCCAGAAGUGCAAGUGAAAGGCAAGAUCCCAAACCAGUGUAAAGUGAUGUAGCUGAAAUUAAUGGCACUAGUCCACUGUAGCAAAUUAGAUAGGCUUAUAUUUAAUUUUGGCAAGAAAACGGUAUUUUAGCUGUGCUUUUUUUGUGUGUAUGAGCCUUAUUUUGCGGUUUUCAGUUUUAAAAUUUCAUAUGAUGCUUUGGCAUUUUGGUCUUAGACAGCUGCCAGGGUGAGAGCAUCACUCUGAUUGAAAACGAAGUUCAGAGAAGGAAAAGGCUGUGCUCUCUCAUGCACUCCUGUGCAAGCUGCGAGCUUGUCUCCUUGGAGGAGAAAGAGCUUUGUCCAAACUUUAUUUCUAUUCUUGUUAUUUUAAAUCUUUUUUGAAAUUUUCCUUUCUGUAAAACAAAACCUUCCAGGGAUUCUUGGUAUAUUUGAGCUUGUUUUGUCUUACUGUAAUUGAAACAAAUAGAAUAUACAUACUUUUAACCUCAUUUGUAGCAUACUGUGUAAUGAAUGUUGCACCUCUUUGUUAUUUUAUUAUUUAUUAUUUGUUAUUUUACUAUUGAUUAUUUAUAAACUACUCCAAAAUAGGGUCCAAGUCCUGGUGCAGCACCACUGUUUGCAUUGACUCUGACGCCCGUCCUGUGGGACCUCACUGCAAGCGUAUACAUCCAGCCAACCCUUGAACAGGAUGAUUUCCUCUCCAGCCUCUUCAGAUAAGCAAGUAACAUAUCUCUAGCAUCACUGACUCCAAAUUUGCUAAGUUUUAAACCAGGGCGUCUUUUUGUAGACACAGUGGUAUUUACCCUUAGUUUUUGUAUUACCCUCAAGUGUCCAUUUUCUCAUUUUAAAACCCAGUUUGUAAGUGCUACACAACAGGUUUGCUGCUGGGAAGGUUCAAGCAUUAAAGCACAACCCAGCCCCACCAUCCAGCAACAAAGCUUACUGUCCUCAUCUGUUCACCCCAGCCAGAUAAACCAUCAAUUUUCUGCUUGGAACAUUAUUUUUGGUGUGAAAUAGGCUCCAAGAAAGCGCUGGAGUUCAGAAGCGAUGAUCUUACAUUUGUAGAGCCCAGUCCAGUUUGCUGGGCUUGAUGUUAGUAGUUUCUGGUGGCUCAAAGACAGUUGCCUUUGUAUCUUCCCCUUUGUGGAUCCUUUAUAUUCUCGGCCUGUCUUCUUGGAAGGGAAACCUUCAGGAUCACCAAAACUGCUUAUGCUCAGAGGUGCAAGGGCUGGCCCACACAGCUACAUCCCCCCACGCUGGGGAGUCAUUUAGUGUGGUUAAUCCCGUGCAGCAUCGUGAGACAUCCCUGUCCCCAAGUGGAAUAUUCCUUUGUACUGAUUAAAUACAGAAUUAUUCAUUUUAUAAAUUGGCUGCCUACAUGAGCAGAAGACAUGAAAAAUACUUCACGCCUUCCUCAAGGCCCCAGAAGCUUUAGCAGAGUCUAGGGGCAAAUUGAAAAAGUAAUUAUUUUAAUUCAUUGGGGAAAUUGUCAUCAUGUGGCUGCGUUUGUGAGCACAGGAGCUCGCAUGUUCACCCAGUGAGCACAAGCCCUUCAUAAGUGCAGGACUGAUGAAGGAAAUCUGUCAAAAUAAGUGUUUGCUGUUGGUUUAGUAAAAUGCUGGUUUUGAGCAGGAAAAUGUGGUGCUCAGUAAAGCAUGGGCAACAAGGAUUGUGCUGCCAGGUGGUGUUGCUGUCCCUCUAACAAUGCCCAGAAUGUCAGCAGCUCUUGCCAUAGAUGGCUGAGGUCAUCUAAAUGCAAGUACCACCCCUUCACUGACUGCAGAGAAACUUCUCCAGAGCCUCUGAGGCAUGGAGACAUGAGCAUGGUGUGAGCAAGGUAGUGGGGUGAGCUGUGGAGACCUUCUCCCCCGAGCAUCACCAAUCAUCAGCAUCAGUAAGUAAAUGUAGUACCCCCUUAGGGCACCUACUCACCAUUUAAAUACCUCUCCUAGUCAUCUGGCAUGGUUUCACCCCACCUUAAUCUCUGCUAUGCCACAUCCUUCCCUCCUUGAAUAACACCACUCAGUUGCCUCCUUUGGUCUCUCUCCCACCCCUGUGUCAGUGCUGGCCUCCUGUUGUGUUCUUUCUGUGUCUGUUGCUUGGAUUGCAACAAAUUAAAAGUGGAGUCUGAGGAUAAACCAGCAAUUAAAUUAGACUUUUAACCCCUAUGAGACUGAAGUCCUCAAAUUCACCUGAUGGGACGAGUCAAGACGCUCACAGGCCCGUAGGAAGGUAAUUGCUUGUCUGACACUUUGCAGAAAACUGUUUGCACUUAAAAGCAAAAAAAGAAAAAUCUCUUGUUUUGCAUGAAUGACUAACUGGUGUCAGACUCUUUGUGCAGGUGGCUGUAUCUGCUUGAACUAUAGUGUUAGAGCAAAUUACUGGGAUUAAGAUUUAAAUAAAAACCUGAUGCUGCCUGAGCUCACUGCUCAGGACUGCAGUGAACUGAAGCAGAAAACUGUCCCUGCCAUCAGCCUCCCACGCAGCACACAUGUCCCCCCCACAGCCUGGGUGCUCCCGGAGUUUAGGGCACCAGGAGGGAUGGGCACUAACUGAAGAAACCACACGUGGGAGGCGAGCGAGCCCCCAGCACUCACAGCUUGGGGGAGCCUGGUUGGAAAGACGGGGGUGCUCAGAUCUUUUCAGGGAACUCCUGGGAGCCACCCUCCCACAGUGUGUUUGGGGUUUUUAAAAUCAAAUCCCUUUUCUAUAAGCCCAGAGAGGCAUUUUGUGGCCUGUCUCCUGAGCCAUGAAAGCUCCUCUCUGCCAGCAUCUCCCCUACCACCCCCAGAGUCCCCUUACCUCAUGUUAUUCUCAUGGCCCCAGGUGUGACAGGGUCCAUUUCCCCAUUAGUUAGGAAUGUCCUGGAAGCCCUUAUUGAAUCAUGAGGUAUGGAUGCAAGGGGCUCAUUAGAGACCAAUCAUGAGCAGUAAUUAAGUAGCCAGGAAUAAUAAGGCUGUGCUGGGUCAUGUUCUCCCUCAGUUAGUGCUGGAGCAGCUUGUGGCUCCAGAGCCCUUUCUUGCGCAGUGGAAAAAAAAAAAAAAAAAAUUCAUUAUAUAUAUAUAUAUAUAUCUACACAUAGGUGUAGUUGAAAUGUUGGCCAGUGCUGCUCCCCUUACACCUAUAUCACAAGGAGCCACUGGGAAGGUUACGGUGAGGCA